AUGAUGGGUUGGGGAGCUUUUGGAUUUAUAGAGGUAGGAGUUAGUCGCAUCAGCAGCAGCACUGUUCGCAGUCCGCCCUUUACUGUGUGCCAUGGACGUAAAGAAAGCAUCUUGGCCCAUGCAAAGUUGCGACUGACUGCGGGACAAAUCUCCUUAGAGAGCGAGCUUUAUGGAGCAUCUGUACGCGUUAAUGUUUUAGACUUUGGAGUGUAA